AUGUCAAACCCCUUCUUCAUCCUAAUAUCCGGCGCAUGGCACACAUCAGAAACAUUCAAGAAACUACAUACCGGAGUCAUCUCGAAACCAUCUGUCGGUGGAUCUUCCGAAAAAGGCCUUCACGCCGAUAUCCAACAUACAAAGUCCAUUAUUGAGAAGCUAUUUCUUGCCGGCAAGAAAGUAGUUGCUGUCAACCAUUCCUACGCUGGGCUGGUAGAUGCCAGCGCAGUCGAGGGACUGGGCUAUAAGCAGCGUGCGAGGAGAGGAGAAUCAGGCGGCGUGAUUAUGGUUGUUUGGAUGGGAUCUUUUGUUACGCCGAAGGGAAAGUCAUUGUUUAAUUUACUUGGGGGUCGAUGGACAGAGCGGAUAAAGCCGAACUAUGAGACGGGAUACUGUCAUUCAUGUCAGGCAGAGAAGAUGUUCUACAAUGAUUUGUCUAUUGAGGAGGCUCAGAUGUGGAUCUCGAAGCUAGAAUCGCAGACUUUGAAGACGUUUUUGGAACCGGCGCUUUAUGAGCCGUGGAGGGAUGUACCGAGUGUGUAUAUUUUUUGUGAGCAGGAUGGGGCAAUAGAGAUUGGAACUCAGGAGAAGUAUCCGAGGACGUUGGGGGAUCCUGUUGCUUAUCGGAUUGAUGCUUCGCAUUCUCCGUUUUUGAGUAGACCUGAUGAGGUGGUGAACGCACUUGAGAUUGCGAGUAGGGAGGGACAGGUGAAGAGUGAGAUCACGAUGGACUAG